AUGGCAAAAGUGAAGCACCCCAAGUUCAACAACCCUAUCGAGAAACAGUUCAACGCGAUCACUCGUUACCACUACUGCCUCUUCCUCCUAAUAUUCGCGAGCAAGGUGCCGAUCUUUUGGCACGUUCUGAACCUGAUAUUUUUGUCGCCGCCCAUCGAAUACUCGUGCAAUGGAAACUCGAGUAAUUUGUGUCCGUGCGACGCGCCUAUGUGGGACAGGAGCGUAUUUCGAGAGACGAUGCAAACGAAAUUCGGUAUUCACUGUGAAAAUUCCUGGUGGAUAAGUUUCUCGCAUAGCGUGAAUUUUGUCGGUCUCCUGCUUGGCGCGUUGUUGUUCGGCUUUAUGUCUGAUAAGUUUGGCCGUCUUUUAACCUUCAACGUAUGCUGUCUCAUACUAGCCAUAUCUGGAUGUCUCAUCAGCAUUAUGCCAACAAUCGCUUCCUUCACCUUCAUGCGCUGCCUCGAGGGUAUCGGUUGUGGUGGGGCAAUCAUUACCGCUUUCGUCCUCUGCAUCGAGUACUGCAACCUGAGGCACCGCGAAGUGAUCACAGCUCUCUUUCACAUACCCUCAAACAUCAGCCACAUUACUCUACCAGGGAUAUCUUACUUGUUCCGCCAUUGUGAUGACUUUCAGCUUGCUCUUUCCAUUCCUGUAUUCUUUUUUUUGAGUUCUUGGUGGUUGGUAAUGGAGUCCCCGAAAUGGUUGAUGGAUAAUGGGAAAGUAGAUGGAGCGGUCGCUGUGAUGGAAAGAUUUGGGAGGAUAAAUGGAAGGCCUUGCGAAAACAUACAAAACGAGAUCGAAGAAUACCUAUCUCACCGGAGUGAAAGGGCAAAGAAGAAAAUUAAAUUCUGGCACAUAUUCAGACACAAACAGCUCUCUUUAAACUUAGGCUGCAUGUCUGUUAUAUAUUUCCUCUGCGGCAUGGGCUAUUAUGGUGUCUCACAGUAUAUUGGAAAAAUGAGUGAGCUAUUCCCUACGUCGGUUAGAAACUCCGUAUUGGGUUUUCUAUCUGUCCUGUCUAGAGUAGGUCAGAUUUCAGCUCCUCUCAUAAAUUCACUAUCAGAAACAACAUCCGGACUUAUUUUUGGUGUUCUUGCGUUGUUAGGUACUGUUCUGUGUUAUUUUUUACCUGAAACUAAAAAUUCGGAACUACCGUCUUCGCUCGACGACACGAAUACGUUAACGAGAAGACGAACUAUUUUAAAAGAAGACAAUUCUGUUACUUUAGUAAGGAAUAUCUCAGUACCUCUUACACUAAUUGAUUAA